AUGGACUUAUCUGGGGCAUUGAUAGACAACAACCAUGUCAUAAGAGUACCAGAAUACUUUUAUGCGGUGGAUAUCAACUAUUUGACACAUAUGAUCGCUGAUAUGUUAAGCAGACUCAUCUCGCACAACGAUCUUAUACCAUUAACACCUAGCAACCUCACGCGUUUUCACUCUCGAACUCCACCAAAUAUAUCCCUUACCGAUUAUCUACGAAGAAUCGUGAAAUACACAUCAGUAGAGAAAUCAUGUUUACUGAUUCUGCUGAUAUACAUUGAUCGUGUGUGCGAAUUGCAUCCCCAUUUUACAGUGUCAUCGCUCACAGUGCAUCGAUUCCUCAUCACAGCAGUAACCGUGUCCUCCAAGGCACUAUGCGACUCUUAUUGUACAAAUUCACAUUACGCAAAAGUAGGAGGUAUAUCAACGCAGGAAAUAAAUGCACUGGAACUGGAAUUUCUAUCAUUGAUUGAUUGGCACCUUGCUUCAACGGGACCUAUAUUACAGCAGUAUUAUGCGAAUUUAGUGGAGCAACACCCCUGUUACGAAAGAAUCUUAUCUGAUCAUCAUCUUGUGCAGCGAGAUAGUGGGCCAAUAUCAAAUAACAAAAAACGGCGAAGGAGCAGCGCAGAGGACCAGCAGCAGCAGCAACAGCAGCAGCAGCAGCAAACUACCCUUCUAUCCGAGGACGAUGUGGAUGAUGAAGAGGAAGACGACGAUGAAGAUUCCCAGCAAGAUUCAGCAGAAGACACCCGGAAAAAUUCUCUGGAUAUUAGCAUAAAGAUAGAGGAGGAGAUGACCAAGAAACAUUUCGAUACACUGCUAAAUGAUGAAACCAUACCCUACAUCGCAUAG